AUGGAGAAGAAAGUCUUGGAACCAAAAGCAACAUUCCCUCAAAAGCUCAACGGUGGUGCUAAAGAGAAGAAGUAUUCUAGGUUUCUGGACAUAUUUAAAUCUCUCCAUGUCAACAUACCUUUCAUCAAGGCCCUCCAACAAAUGCCUUCAUAUAUCAAAUGCAUGAAAGAGUUGCUAACCAAGAAGAAUCCCCUGAAGGUUGAACAGACAGUAGUGAUGACUAAAGAGUGCAGUUCCCUUAUCCAGAAAGAUUUACCUACAAAGAAGAGGGACCGAUGGAGUUUCCACAUCUCUUGUGUUAUAGGGGAUACAAUGAUUGACAGAGAAUUUUGUGAUCUUGGAGCAAGCAUAAAUUUAAUGCCCCUGUCUCUCACGAGGAAGCUGCAAAUCAAUGAGUUGAAACCCACAAACAUAACCCUUCAGUUGGCUUACAAGACCCAGAAACAAGCAUUAGGAGUGGUUGAAAAUGUGUUGGUGACGGUAGGGAGGUAUUUCCUCCCUAUAGACUUUGUUGUUCUUGAGAUAGAAGAAAGCUAUCUUCCUCCAAUCAUUCUGGGGAGACCAUUCUUAACUACAGCCAAAGCACUCAUCGAUGUUGAGAAGGGGGAGCUAAUAUUGAGAAUACAUGAUGAACAACUCACCUUUUAUGUCUUCAAAGCCUCACAUGAGUCUGAAUAA